AUCUGCAUCAUUUGGUAUCAGAGCAAAUAUUUACCAAAAAAAAAAAAAAAAAAUCAGAGCAAAUUAUGCUGGGUAUGGUAGCUUGCAAGAGCUUCUAUUUCACCACAAUCCAGCUUCUUUGUGAGUCUGUAAAGCAGCAUGAGUACCAGCCUAUACACAAUUGUUUCACAGUGCUAGCCUUUAAAUUGGAGAAGAAACUUGGUUUCCAUGAUCAACCAUCUAAUACCGAGUUUAUUUCUACUGCAUUACCAAGGCUUGUGGCCAUAAAUUGGCACAGGAAGAUGGUGGAUAGAGGCUGGGAAAUAGUCAUUCAAAUGCUGGUACGUUGGCCAAUUCCCUUGAGCAUGGACAAUGGGUAUUUUUCUGGUGAGACUUUCAAAAAUGUUGCUUAUUUGAAAUUGGAUACAAAUGCUAGCCAUUCCCUUAACCAUUCAUACUUGAGCCAAGAGUUUUUAUGGUGGGUGGAAGGCAAGCCUAAUGAUAUGUUCUUACCUUCAUGGUCUUGUACAAUGGUUCUCAAUCCAAUUCUUCUACAAGCUGCUAAAGGGGAACCCUUUGAUGGUCAUCAUGAUACUUCCAGCCUUUUCAUCCUUGAGGACAAGGAUGCUUUGAAGGGGAGGGAAUUGAUAAAUGAAAUUGCGCAAGUGGUGGAAGCACAGCAAGAGGAAACCAACGUCGAAGAGCGAGAUAAAUUGGCAGAUGAACCCACAAACGAGUCCGCUAGAAUGGUUCAAAAUCAACCGCCUGCCUUAGAAAUCACGCAUGCAAUGGAAGAACAGAGUACAUUGUUGUCUCAAGGAGACCAGCUCGUGGAGAUUAAAGAGACUUUCAAGGAACUCAACUCUUCUACCCAUAAGCUGUUUGGUGAAAUGCCUGAGUUGUUUGGACUUGAAACCACGCCAAUUUCUGGAUCAGUUAUUGUCAUAUUUCCUAAAUUCGGGUGUGUUGGUGAUGAUUUUGGUGAAUUAUGGGUAAAAGUUCAUGAAAGUUCUAAUGCUUCUUUGGUUACGUUGGGUCAAAAAGGAAUGGCAGAUGCAUAUGAAGAACCAUUGGCUUUGUUGUUUCCCAAGCCAGAUAUGGAAAUGGAGAGUGACAAUGGUGAUGCUGUCAUUAUUUUGGAUGCAGAACUUAAUGGGAAAAAGGAAAUGGAUUUGGUGGUGCUAUGGAUGGAAUUGAGGGAUGCUGGGGGCCAACUCAAAGUUCAGGAUCUUGUGAGGAAUUUUCUAGAUAAAUUUGAUUAUUUAUUUUUCAAGUGCAAAGGUGUGGAUGGUGUUUAUUCUCUAUUAGCAGCUCCUAUUGAAAGUGGAAAGAUUAUGCUUAUUCUUAGGAAACAGCAAUAUGUACUUAGGGGGUUGUUAUUGAUAAGAACUGUGGAAGCGUUAAUGGGGGAGAAGCUAAUUUUUGGAAUUAAUUCCUAUUUUGGACUUCAUUCUCAUGGCCCUGAGUCAUUCUAUAGUUCGGGUAGCAGUCACAUAAAAGCACCAUUUAAGGAAGCUAUCGUUUUCAUACUUGGUGAUGGCAAUCAUGUGGGGAAUGGUAGCUGGCAAGUGCUUGCACAGUAUCAGUAGCCAGAUAAGCAUGUCAUGUGCAGAAUGUCAGAACUUUUAAUUGGAUUAGUCAAGCACUUUAGUAGCUUCCAUUAUUGGGACAGAAAUUUUAGCAUGUCAUAUGCUUCUUGGGGCUAACUUAAUGAUAUUC